AUGCUCUCUACAGGACUGCAGAGUCUGUGUUGUACACUGGAAACUCUCAGGACUCUGUGUAAGCCAGUCAAGUUCUUCGACACCAGACUCACUCAUCCAUGUCUCCUGAGCCUGCUGGAGGCACGGGUCUCUGGUGGUUUGGGUGUGGAAGGGAAGUAUUCCUGUCAACUCACAAUCGACACAAACACAGUACACACAAAGCUCCAACUGUCUGACAACAACAGGAAGAUGACACAUGUGGAGGAGGUUCAGUCAUAUCCUGAUCAUCCAGACCGAUUUGAUCGACUUACUCAGCUGCUGUGUACAAAUGGUCUGACUGGUCGCUGUUACUGGGAGGUCGAGUGGAAAGGAACGGUUCUUAUAUCAGUCACUUACAGAAGAGUCAGAAGGAAAGGAAACAGUAAAGCGUGUAUCUUUGGAUGGAAUGAUCAGUCCUGGUGUCUGUACUGCACUAAUGAUGGUCCUGAUUCUGUCAGGCACAACAACAAAGGAAUAUCCAUCUCCUCCUCCUCCUCCUCCUCCUCCUCCUCCUCCUCCUCCUCUGUCUCUAACAGAGUAGCAGUGUAUGUGGACUGUCCUGCUGGCACUCUGUCCUUCUACAGAGUCUCCUCUGACACUCUGAUCCACCUCCACACCCUGAAAACCACAUUCACUGAAACUCUUUAUCCUGGAUUUAACCUCUGGUUUCCUGGUGCCUCAGUUAGUCUGUGCUGAAUUGAGUGUAAAGAGUGUCCUCCUGUUAGAGAAACACUCUGCCUGUUGAACAGAUAGUUCAGUCUGUACAUGUCUGUCUCUUUCACUCAGAAACAUGUUUUCAGAUUCAAUCAGUUGAUGUUUUAAACUGUUCUUGUAAACUUCUUCCUCUUCAGUCCUUUAAAGAUGGAAGCACCCAUUAUUCCAGGCUUCACAUGUUGUUUUUCUGUCUUUUUCCACUUAAAGCUUCACAGUGAAUAUCAGUAUGUUGUGUUUCUCUGAAGCUUAGUUCACAACCAGCUCCUCUGCAUUUUCAACAAGUCUGAGCUCAUAAAAAUGAAUCCAAAUGUUUGAUUUCUCUUUCUUAAUGGGAUUUUUCCAAACUCUUGUUGGGAUGGAAUUAUUUGAAGUGCCGUAAUUCUAUGCUGUGAAUUAACUAAAAUGCCAUAUAACUGUAUAGUGUCAUAUUAAGUGGACACGGCCCUGGAAAAUAAAGGCAUUAGACUACGUGUCCUUGGGGGGUAUGCUGUAGACUCUUGCCCACGCUUGCCUGGGAAAAACCAGAUAACAGGGGACCAUCUGCUAGUGGAAAGUUACUGUGAAACACUGUUGUUUAGGCUAGAAUGAGAGAGCUGGUAAUAUAACCGUUAGGGGCACACCACCCUUUUGAGAUCCGCGGCAAUGUGUAAUGUAGGACGCAUCUUACUUCUAGAAGUAAUUCUGUAAGAGAAUAAAGUGUUAAAUGGU